GCACACACAUUUUAAGGAAUUAACUUCAUUUUAAAGGCAGGCGGUACCUAUCAAGUAAAAAAAAAGCGUGUCUACCAGGGGGUGUUUGCGAUGCCACGUCGUUUUUUUGGUAAGUGAUUUUAUCGAACAUGUGACUGCAUUAGACGCUCACAUGGCUGCCGUGGCUGCAUGAUCCGCUUUAGUUUUUUAAAGUCCGAUAAUCGGUAGCUCCCUCAGCAGCGACCAUCAGGAGCAGAGGACCUCUGCAAAACACAGCGCCUAUCCGGACAAAUCAUGGCGAACAGCGGGCAGAAAGUUGUGCUGAUCACCGGCUGCUCCUCCGGCAUCGGGUUACGAAUCGCCGUCACGCUGGCCAAAGAUGAAAAGAAGCGUUACCAUGUUAUUGCGACCAUGCGGGACCUGAAGAAGAAGAACAAGCUAGUGGAGGCAGCAGGAGAUGUGUAUGGGAAGACCUUGAUGUUGCUUCCACUUGACGUGUGUAGUGACGAAUCAGUCAAGCAGUGCAUCAACAAUGUUAAGGACCGCCAUAUUGAUAUCCUGAUUAACAAUGCAGGUGUGGGCUUGCUUGGACCUGUGGAGAGCAUCAGCAUAGAGGAGAUGAAAAGAGUAUUUGAAACCAACUUCUUCGGUGUGGUUCGCAUGAUCAAAGAGGUGAUGCCAGACAUGAAGAAGAGGCGCUCUGGACACAUUGUUGUCAUGAGCAGUGUAAUGGGUCUUCAGGGAGUGGUGUUCAAUGAUGUUUACACUGCUUCUAAGUUUGCCAUGGAAGGGUUCUGUGAGAGUAUGGCGGUGCAACUGAUGAAGUUCAAUAUCCGGUUGUCCAUGAUUGAGCCUGGCCCAGUGCACACUGAGUUUGAGACAAAGAUGAUGGAAGACGUGGCCAAAAUGGAGUAUCCAGGUGUAGAUGCCGACACAGUUCGUUAUUUUAAAGACGUUUACCUGCCAUCAUCCAUAGAUAUAUUUGAAGCCAUGGGUCAGACGCCAGAGGACAUAGCCAAAUGCACUAAAAAGGUUAUUGAGUCAAGCAGCCCUCGCUUCAGGAAUCUGACCAACAGCCUCUACACACCCAUUGUUGCCUUGAAGUACGCAGAUGAGACUGGUGGCUUGUCUGUCAACACCUUUUACAACCUACUCUUCAAUUUCGGCCCUCUCAUGCACAUCACCAUGAGCAUCCUCAAGUGCCUGACUUGCAGCUGCCUGCGCAGACGCACCAUCUAACUGAAGAGGAUGUCCAAUCAUGCCACUACCCUAUGUUGUUUACCCCACCCAGUUCCUACUGCCUUUUCCUAAGGCUUUGGGUUAAGCAGCUAGACUAGAAACAGUAACUACGGAGAGAGGAGGCGUCUUUUAGUUUAAAGACAUUACCAUGAUAAGCUUUGCAGGACAACAUGCACAAUUGCACACGUUUGUCACAGAGAUGUUGUAUGCAGGAUGAACUCAUGUACACACACACACACACACACACAAACACACACAAACAGGAAUACAAGCAACACACACCUCUUUAUUGGAUUAUUGUACAUACAUAUUAUGAAGAGAAGGCCAUACCUUAGACAUUGCAAUAUCGGAGGAACUAAAUAGUGUAAGUGGUUAGAUGUCUACAUCGUUUUAAAGAGAACACACAGCGAGGAUUUGUGAUAUGAGUACCAUGGAAAUACAAUAAAGCACAAAAAAUGAACUCAGUUACAGAGAGAAAACAAUAAAAUUAUAGGAAAUAAUAAUGAUAUAACUUGUAGCCUAGAAAACUGUACACUCAGGCUCAACAGAGUUGUAACAUGUGCCCUUAAUUUCAUGUUUGCCUUAACAUAGUGUUCUCAUGGUCAUAACUGCUGUUGAAUCAUAUUUUUAAUCUUUUGAUAAACUGAAUGUUUUUGGUUUUAAAGGUUUGUGAAGGGGUAGAUCAUACAGUAUAUUUUUAAUCUAGCAACUUGAUUUUGAAAUAAACAUAAUUCUGAUUUA